AUGCGCGAACAGCGAACAGUGAGAUACAAGUUCCAAGCUGAGUUGUUGAGGCAUUCGGCGGGUCGUAAUCUCAGCCACACUGGCUGUGGUUGGUUGAGAACCGUCGCGAAAGCUUCCCUGGCUGCGUCUACAACCGUUUGGCGCUUUACCGUACAGGGAAAACGUAGCAACAAGCUAACCAAGCAAACGCGAGGCCGUUUGGGCUGCUUGAAUUGUCGCCGACGCCGAAAAAAGUGCGACGAGUUUAAGCCAGCCUGUUCGAGAUGUCAAUCCAAAGCCGAACAUUGCGAAUGGGAUACAGGUGUCAGGUUUCGUAUGUACGGACUGACCGCGGGCCGGCACGACAUCGUGAACGGGCCGUCUCAGGCCGCACACCGAGAUAGGCCGGUCAUGGAGUCUCUCAGAUCAGUCAGUGGUGAUGAGCUGCAGACUUCGCCAUUUGGAGCAGGCCAGCAGGGCUCAUGGUUGUUACAUGAGGCAAGUCCUCAGACAGGCCGGAAUGAAUAUCAGCAUAGUCGGAACGACCUAGAGAUCAUUCACCAAGCAACUCCAUACCAAGUAGGGCUGAGCAGCUCCCCGCUUUCUACCUUUGCUGAACUUCCGCAGCGCGCGCAGAGAAGAGGGGAUUCCGUAUUCACCGAACCGCAACGUGGGUCACUCGACCAUCUUAAUUCGAGAUCGGACAGCUGUUCGAUCGUGAAUUCAUGUCUCUCAGUCGACCGCGGAUUGCCAGAGCUCCGGAACGCUCAUCACGUCCAACAGGUAGACACUUCAUCCUUGGAUCUAUCGAUGGCCGAGUCACCGGAUAUGUGCGCAACUCACUAUCCUAACGCUGUAUAUCGAGAACUGCAUACAACACUCCACAAUUCCAUCUUGGAGACGACAAGGAACACUGGAUUUACCCGGCAAUGCACACAGGAGCUCUCCGCGCGACAGACCCCAGAGCGGGAUGAUUCCAUCAAUGAGGACGAGGGCAGAUCGACGUCUUUACGACCAGAGACUAAGUCUGCGAGAGGGCGUCCGCCAAAGCUGAACAUCUCCCAACGGAGAGAGAAGGAAUUGUGGGUGAAUUACCUUGAUGAAGUCGCACCCUGGCUUGACAUGUUUGAUAACCAACGCCACUUCCAACACACACUCCCUAUAAUGGCCAAAUCGGCCGCGCACCUCCGGCUUGCCAUGCUCGCUCUCUCCGCUCGCCAGAUCGAGCGCAAAAACACAAACAAUCCAUACAUCGAGAGUCUGGAUUUAUAUCAGGAAGCGAUCCGUCUGAUAGUGCAAGACCUGCACACGAUGGACACAGCCGUCAUUGCGUCAUGUGUCCUCCUUUGCGUUCUGGAAAUGAUGAGCAGCUCACCCAGAGACUGGGGCCGGCAUCUCGAUGGUUGCGCAAUCCUCAUCCAAACAGCUGAGAUCAAUGGUGUCGUGGGGGGCAUGCGGCAGGCCCUCUUUUGGUGUUUUGCGCGCAUGGACGUCUGGGGCGGCUUCAUGUCCGAGAACGCAUCCAAAAUUCCUGUCAAUCAGUGGUUGGAGCAGGGCGAGACCAUGGCAUCGACCGUGAGCCAGUUUCGCGCGAGUCUUGAUUUCGAUAAUUACGCGAACUAUGCUGUUUUCUUGUGCGCGAGCGUGCUGGGAGUGGUUACGAGAAUACAUGCUACAAUAGGAGGCAAGCAAGAUCACCGAAAUUCGUACCUUGACGAAUGGAAGGCCAUGUUCGACCUCUUGCAAGACUGGUACAUAUGCCGCCCGGAAAAGAUGCAGCCGUUGUUAUCCUAUCCUGCUGAGAUCGGCGAUGCGUCACGUCCUUUUCCAAUUAUUGUAUAUGGGAAUGCAUCUGCGAUCAACGGUAAUAUACUUUACCACGCUUCUGCCCUACUCAUGCUACAGUCAAUACCAAAAGAUCACAAGCUUGGUAAGAUGCACAGGUCCGUUUUAUGGCACGCGCGGCAGAUAUGCGGCAUCUCGACCUCGAACGAUAAUCACGGCGCUUGGAUCAACGCGCUGCAACCGCUCUGGAUCGCGGGAAAAGUCAUGAGCAGCCCUCUAGAACACAGGGUAAUCCUGGACGUUCUACUUCGGAUUGAGAGAGAAACCGGAUGGGCAACAUCCUGGCGGGCUGAGAAUCUGAAAGACUACUGGGGAGCGCUGGAUUGA